AUGGCGUUGGGUGCGGUGUGGAGCCGCGUUAAAAAUGUGUGCCAACAGAACGGCCUCCUCAUCUUAUCAGUCUUGGCCGUGGUUAUCGGAUGCCUACUGGGAUUCUUCCUGCGCUCCAAACACCUCUCUGAGCAGGAGGUGAAGUACUUCCAGUUCCCAGGGGAGUUACUGAUGCGGAUGUUGAAGAUGCUUAUCCUGCCUCUAGUGGUCUCCAGUUUGAUGUCUGGUUUGGCAGCGCUGGAUGCUAAGUGCUCCAGUCGACUGGGCAUCAUGACAAUUUCUUAUUAUCUGUGGACGACCUUUGUGGCUGUGGUGGUGGGCAUCGUCAUGGUCAUCAUCAUCCACCCGGGUGGAGCUGCCCAGAAAGAGGACUCAGAGGACAGCGGGAAGCCCAUCAUGAGCUCAGCUGAUGCUCUACUGGACCUUAUCCGCAACAUGUUCCCAGCCAACUUGGUCCAAGCAACUUUUCAACAAUAUCGCACGAAAAGCAUCCCUAUCAUGAAGCCUAAACCCACCAUCAGUCAGGACAUACAAGAGACCACCACCAAACGGGUCUUCAUUUAUGGAAUCCAGGAUGAGAAUGGCACAGACAUCCAGAACUUCUCCCUUGACCUGACGCCACCUCCCGAUGUGGUCUUCCGAACGCUUCCUGGCACCAGUGAAGGCAUGAACGUCCUGGGUAUCGUGAUCUUCUCAGCUACUAUGGGUAUCAUGCUUGGAAGAAUGGGACCAAAUGGCAGCGCUCUCGUCAACUUCUGUCAGAGUCUGAAUGAAGCUGUGCUGAAAAUUGUGGCCAUUGUUAUAUGGUACUUCCCGUUUGGGAUUGUGUUUCUGGUGGCUGGAAAGAUCUUGGAAAUGGAUGACCCCUCGGCUAUGGGGAAGAAACUGGGCUUCUAUGCCAUCACUGUGGUCAUGGGGCUGGUGCUUCAUGGCCUGUUCAUCCUGCCUUCCAUGUAUUUCUUCAUUACGAAAAAGAGCCCCAUCGUCUACAUCCGAGGGAUUUUACAGGCUCUUCUUAUCUCAUUAGCUACUUCAUCCAGCUCUGCCACACUGCCUAUCACCUUUAAGUGCCUCCUGGAGAACAACCACAUCGACCGACGCAUCAUUCGCUUCGUGCUUCCUGUGGGUGCUACUAUCAACAUGGACGGCACUGCCCUAUAUGAAGCCGUGGCAGCCAUCUUUAUCGCUCAAGUCAACAACUAUGAGCUGGACUUUGGGCAGAUCAUCACCAUCAGCAUCACUGCUACAGCAGCCAGUAUCGGUGCUGCCGGCAUUCCACAGGCCGGCCUGGUGACCAUGGUGAUAGUGUUAACCUCAGUGGGACUUCCUACAGAUGACAUCACUCUAAUUAUCGCUGUGGAUUGGGCCCUGGAUCGGUUCAGGACGAUGGUGAACGUGAUGGGUGAUGCUCUGGCCACAGGAAUCAUGGCACACAUAUGCAGAAAAGAUUUUGUGAAGGAGGGCGAGGAGGUGAGGAUUCCUCUCAUCUGUGAGACCAAGCCUAUGAUCAGCAUCCAGCAGAUGAUGUCCUAUCAGAAAAACGGCUGCUUCCAGCCCCCUCCGACAGGCCCCGUGAGGAAACCCGAACACCUGUCGCCUGACGUGGCCCGUCUAAUGCAGCUGGAAGAGGGCAUCAAGCCCACCGACAAGAAGAAGUCCCCUCACCUGUCUCCACACCAUUAUAAAAGAGACCAUAAAGACAAAGACCACUGUACCAUUGACAUGAACGGUCUGGAGACCAAUGUCUAGACUCAUUCAGAGACCAAAACAAAGCUGCAAGAUGCCAGCCGUUCUCUUUCUCUACCUUUGGAUUUUGAGCACAUGUGUGAAUGUAGGGAAUCUGGGCCGUAAACCUUCGGACCUACUAAGGGGAUUUUCUGAACCCUGUUGACCCCCAGAUGGCUGAGCGUCUCAUUGAAACGUGUGGAGAAAGAUCGGUGUACUUAUGAGUGCUGUCGUUAUUAUGUCCUUUCCAUGUGACCUACAGGAGAGAAGAACAACAAUCUUAAUGGACAGCUUGUCUGUGGAAUUUGGAUAUGUGUUGUUUUAUUCCAGUAUAUUAUACGUCAUAUGCUGCUGAGAUUGUUGCAUUUUUUUUAUUUAUUUUUUUCAAGGCUUUGUCUGUUUAAAUCCUCUCUUUCACUAACAGAGAGAGAGAGAGCGAGAGAGAAAAAAAACUGUCCCCUGAAGAAAAUGUAACCACCAGUGAUCACAUACAGUGGCCCCAAGAAGAUUUUGGACACUUGUAUUUGCUAAAAGUAUUUGAUGCACUUAUGUCAAAAUGUCAAUGCAUUAGAUCAGGGGUUUUCAGCCAUUACCUCCACCCAGACCUCUAGCCAACACAGAAACCCUCUGGAAAAAAGUGAUAAUACAAAAAUGAUAUCAUAAAUACUAGGGGUGUAACGGUACACAAAACUCACAGUUCGGUACAUACCUCGGUUUUGAAGUCACGGUUCGGUACGGGUUCGGUACAGCAGGUGGGGAGAAAACUAAAUAUAAAAUUGCUUUUUUUAUUAUUAAACAGUGGUUUACUGAACAAAUUGUGUUUUUGUCUUUAAAUAUAUUAAAUUAAAUUAUAACUAAAAGUUUCUUAAGGAUAAAAACAUUAUCUUUGCUAAUGCUAUAAACUAUGUAGGGAGCCCUUACUUGAACAUUACGCUACUAUAAUAUUAAAGGUUAACAACUGAUCUCAAACUAUUAGCCUAAAUUCAAUUGCUCUUUAUUUUUAGAUAUAAUAAUCAACA